GCGCGCUGACGUCAUGGCGACGCACGGCCACGCCAGCUCCUCCCACAAGCCCGCGAGUCUGGUUUCCGGCGGGAGCGCUGAGACCCUUGCGCAGACAGGGAGGGGGGCUGCAGGCCGCUUUGUUUGCUCGUGCUCGCCAGAAUGCCUCACCUGGAAAACAUAGUGCUUUGUCGCGAGUCCCAAGUGUCCACGUUGCAGUCCCUGUUUGGAGAGAGGCAUCAUUUCAGCUUUCCAUCCAUUUUUAUUUAUGGACAUACUGCCAGUGGAAAGACUUAUGUAACACAAACUUUGUUGAAAACUUUAGAGCUGCCACAUGUCUUUGUGAAUUGUGUGGAGUGCUUUACCUUGAGGCUGCUUUUGGAAAAAAUUUUAAACAAGUUAAAUCAUCUUAGUUCUUCAGAGGAUGACUGUUCUGCUGAAAUAACUUGUGAAACAUUUAAUGACUUUGUUCGCUUGUUUAAACAAAUAACCAAAGCUGAAAAUCUCAAAGAUCAGACUGUAUAUAUUGUUCUAGAUAAAGCAGAGUAUCUAAGAGAUAUGGAAGCAAAUCUUUUACCUGGGUUUCUUAGGUUACAAGAAUUGACUGACAGAAAUGUGACUGUUAUCUUUCUGAGCGAAAUUGUUUGGGAAAAGUUUCGUCCAAAUACUGGAUGCUUUGAGCCAUUUGUCUUGUAUUUCCCUGAUUAUAGCAUAGGGAACCUUCAAAAGAUCUUGUCCCAUGAUCAUCCUCCAGAAUAUUCUGCUGAUUUCUAUGCUGCCUACAUUAAUAUUCUUCUUGGAGUUUUCUACACUGUCUGCCGAGAUUUGAAAGAGCUCCGACAUCUGGCAAUACUUAAUUUUCCUAAAUAUUGCGAACCUGUGGUUAAAGGAGAAGCAAGUGAACGUGAUACACGGAAACUCUGGAGAAAUAUUGAACCUCAUUUGAAGAAAGCCAUGCAGACUGUUUAUCUCAGGGAAAUAUCAAGUUCACAGUGGGAAAAGCUACAGAAAGAUGACAUAGAUCCAGGACAACUGAAAGGUCUCUCGGCAUGUACUCAUGUGGAACUUCCAUAUUACUCUAAGUUUAUUCUAAUUGCUGCAUACCUCGCUUCUUACAAUCCAGCAAGAACUGACAAGAGGUUUUUCCUUAAGCAUCAUGGGAAAAUCAAGAAAACCAACUUUCUAAAGAAACAUGAAAAGACAAGCAAUCAUCUCCUCGGACCAAAACCGUUUCCACUAGACAGAUUAUUAGCAAUAUUAUAUAGUAUUGUGGACAGCAGAGUUGCUCCAACAGCCAAUAUCUUUUCCCAGAUUACCUCUUUAGUGACCCUUCAGCUGUUAACCCUGGUUGGCCAUGAUGAUCAACUUGAUGGACCAAAAUACAAAUGCACAGUAUCUCUAGACUUCAUCAGAGCUGUUGCUAGGACGGUGAACUUUGACAUAAUAAAAUACUUGUAUGAUUUCUUGUGAAAACAAGCUUCAAAGCCAUAUGGACACUGUGACAGUGACUGAGCCAAGCUGUGUUCAUCCAGCAACUCAGCUGGCCAGGGAGAGGAGUUCUUUGGCUCUAUUGGAUUUGUCCAGACAGGUGCUGGCCCAGCAUGGAAUCUGAUGAAAAUACUCUGAUUGGUCUGGGUGAAUGUGAGCAGAAGACUAUUUACCAGGGACCCUGGAGUAUUUGGAAGGAACGUGUUAAUUAUAAACAGCAGGGUUUGAGCACAAUCUGUUCUACUCUUAAUGAUGUUAUCUUAACACUGAAAUUGCCUGAAACCCAUUUACUUAGGACUACAUUUUGCUCUGUGAACUAUCCCCUGCGCUUUGAACGUGCCAGCAGCCCUUGUAUAUAAGCCCAGUCUUUUCACUUCCUCUCCAUAGGAGCCUCUGCAGUCGCUUGCCAAAGCAGAUUUUCCUAAGGCCACGGCUUUAAAAGAUCAUAGUUGCAAAAUAUAAUAAAUAGAAGUGUUUUUUUUUUUUAAAUGCAAGUUUGUAUAUGCUUAUCUUUCACCUUGAUUUUUCAAAAGGCCGGGUAGUUUGAUCAGAGAUAGGGCAACUUUCCAUCUCUAAGCCUACUUGAUAAUUGUGGUAUGCUUAGGUGAGGUUUAUCUGGUCACUCUUGCAGUUAACCACCCAGCCUAGCUUUUUAAUCUGCAUGAUGGCUUUCUUUUUAAAAAUCAUAGUCCUUUAAUAGUUCCACAAUAAAAAUUUUUCUUGCUGUAUCAGUUAUGAACCUUGAGUCCCAUUUCCUUAUCUAUUAUUCAUAUUUUUGAAGAAGUUUUCUGUUAGCAUUUAAAUACUUGAAAAUUGUUUUGAGCAGAUUUAAACUGCUUAAUUACAGUCUAGUUUAGAUUUCAGUUGCAAUUUAUUCUUUUUUUUUUUUUUUGAAGAAAAAUUCUUACAAUGAGCACUCCCAGAUAGGAAACCUUUUAAUGUAGUGACUGAUGUUUUCUGUAUCAAAACAAGUGAGUGUCUACUUGCAUUUAUUUAGAGAUACUAAGUAGAGGGAGAAGGAAUGAAAUUCCUUUUUGCCUCCCUACCUAAGACAGCAAGGAGCACCCUCACCCUCUGUCCCUUGUCCUAUGAAAGAUGGUGAAAUUGUGUUUUCCACAAGAUGUUUGGAGAAGCCAGGACCAUGGAAAAACCAUAUACAUUGCAAAUUCAGGCUCACGUUUCUUGCACAUAGAAAACCAUGUAUCAUUCAAGUGGAAAGAAGUUUGAGUAGCUGAUUCAAGGAAGAGCAGUGCCAUUUGGGGGAAUUUUCAGCCCCUCAAAGUUUGCUAUAAAAGUGGCAGGUCUGCUGUGCAGCCUUCUAGGAUAACCUGGGACCAAUCUGCAUUUUGAGGAAAGAACUCUGUAAUACGCAUGGGAAAAGAGAUUGUCAAUAAUAGGAAACUAGGGAAGACAGAAAGGAGGCAAGUUUCCUUGUAAGUGACUCUCCAUGCUUCCUCACUGCUGGACGCCUGUCCGCCUGCCCAGCACCUUGCUUAUCUUGUACUGCCCCACAUGGUCCUACCAGCCCCAUGUGUGGCUUCUCUGCAAAACAUCUUGUAACCAGAUUUUCCCUGCCUCUGGGCCAUCAGAACUUUAUGUUUUGUAAUUUACUUACUAAUGGCUUGCUAAAUGACUCACUAACUAAUUUGAUUAAUUUAUUUAAACGAAGACUAACAGAGCUUAAUAUGGAUAUUAGCAUUUUAACAAGGGUCAUCUGCAAAUGAAUUUUCUAAUUGGAAGAUAUAAAUCUCCAAUUACAGGAGAGAAUCUAAUGAUGAGAAUUAUGCUGGCUGGUGGGCCAGACAUUGCCGUUAAGAGGAGGUGCUUAAAUUAUACUCGGCAUCUAUUCUACUUAGAUGUAAAAAUGAUUUAGGUGGUAGAAGAACAAAGUUAUCAAGCUCUGGGUUUUUAGUUUUUUUUAUACGUGGGUAAUCCUCCAAUUUAAAACCAUCUUUCAAUUACCAUGACUCAGAUAUAAGUGACGACCUCAUUCCCCUCUUUCUUUCAAGUCAGUUUCAAUUCCUAAAUCAAUCUUAAUUGCUGAAGCAUUUCCUUCACCCUGAAAUAACUUUGGAAGGGAUUCUGAUCCAACAAGCCUCAUUUCGUUAAGCCCUAAAAAGUCAAAAAGAGGUCAGGUUUCUAGAGCAGCAGUUAAGAGUUAGAGCUCUGGAGUCAGACUACCUUGAUCAAAUACUGGCUGUAUCCCUGGGAGCUGAGUGACUUUAGGCAAAUUGUUGAAUCUUUCUGUUCCUCUCUUUCCUCACCUAUACUUUGGAAAGUGGAACUUUCCUCAUGGAGUUGUUUAGAGAAUUAAGUAAAUUGAUAUAUCUAAGGUGGUAAAUCUCAACUGGAGGCAGUUUUGCCCAUUAGGGAAUAUUUAUCAAUUUCUAGAGAUGUUUAUGGAUGUCAUACUGGGUGUGGGUGGAGUCUGGGAGAGUGGGGGCUUGAGAUGCUCCUAAACAUCCUGAAUGCAUGUCCCACAACAGAGUUAUCUGGUCCAAAAUGUCAGUAGAACCAAGGUUGAGAAACCCUGCUCUAAAUAAGGUUCUUGACACAUUGUAACUGCUCAGUAAAUUAGCCAUUAUUAUUAUUAUCAUGAAAUAUUUCUGGCCUAGAAAAAGAGUAAGUGAGGGAAUGUGGCAACAUUCCAAGUAAAAAGUGAGGAGAUAAUUCUCUUACCUAACCAUGUCUAAGAGACAUAUUUCUUAUUGAAAAUUUUCAGAUUAUUCAAAUGGACACAAUACUUUGGAUUUUUAUUUUUAGAACUGAAGGAUUUUCUACUGGGUUUUGUAUCACAUGCAGAUUUCAUUACUUAUUUUUCAGGAUCUUGUUGAAUAGUCGAAAGCAAAAGCUGAGAAUGGUCAAAUCAGAGCGCAGGUGACUGAGAAAAUUACAUUAUUUGCCCUCAAGGUGUGAUGACUGAACAAUUAGUGGUAUACUGCCAACGGAUUUAGUUAACCAACAACUGUUUAAUGUGAUUAAGGUGAUCUGGAGCAAAGAAAGCUCAGCAUAAGAGGAAGCCUCCUUUGUUCCUCCAAGGUAUGCCCUACUCUGCUUAUACUAUGUAAAGAGCAGUAAAGUAAUGGACCAAUUCCAGGAAUAAUGCAUCCCUUAGAACAUUAAGUACUUGAUAAAUCCGUAAAAUAGUAGGUAAAAUAUAACAGUUGCCCCAUGUGUGUGAUGGAGGGCUGUAAUAACAUCCUCCACUUUUUCCCUGAAGUCUCACACUGUUGUAUACCACAGUUGCAUUUUAUGCCUUUAUCCUUGAUUAGAGACCUGUAUUGGAGGUAAUUAACCAGAGGUUGAUAUUAUUCAGCUUCAUACCCUCCAUUUUGAAAGCUUCAUUUGCUAUAAAGUGUGAUUGUCUAGCAUAUGUAAAAUAGUUUAGAUAAUUUUGCAUGUAAUUUCAGUCUGCUGACACAAUUUGCCUUCAAAAAUGCUUAGUAGAGCUCAAAGAAAUCUUUCCUAUCAAGAUAUCAACACUUCACUCAAAUUUGCUGUUAAAUGCCCUGAAUGCACAGUUAGUGUUCAUUUUCCAGCAGUGACACAUUCAUGAAGCACAGUUUGAGAAGUAGAAAUUUGAUAGAGCAGAGAAAAUUAUAAUCAAUUCAUUCAUUUAACUGCAUGUUGAUGCACAAUAAUGAUGGGAAUUUUAGAAGGCAUUCAACUGUUUUAGUAAAUAGCGGUAGCUUUGGCAUGAAGAAAGAAUCUGGAUUUUAGAGGCAGUAGAGAUUUGCUUGGGAGUUCCUGUUGUACCUCAGUGGUAACAAAUUUGCCUAGUAUCCAUGAGGCUGUGGUUUCGACCCCUGGCUCCAUUCAGUGAGAUAAAGAUAAGGUAUUUCUGUGAGCUGCGGUGUCGGUCACAGACGCAGCUCAGAUCAAGCAUUGCUGUGGCUCUGAUUCAGCCCUUAGCCUGGGAACUUCCAUAUGCCACAGGUGCAGCCCUAAAAAAAAUUUUUAAAAAAAGAUUUGCUUGAAUUUUUGGAUGCACCAUAAAUCCAUUUUAUUGGUCUUUGAGAAGGUUGAGAGUCUUAUUGGCAUUCGCCAUAAAAGUAUUCCAGAUUCAAGACAAUAUUAAGUAUCAGCUAUAUGCUAGGCAUUUUGUUGAAUGUAGGAGAUACAACAAUGUGUCCUGGACAAUAGGUGCUAUCAGCAUUGGCAGAGCCAAUGAGGAAAUCCUGAGAGGAGGACUAGGUCUAUGGGAUAAAGAAGAUCCUAAGUUCAAUUUUGAACAUGGGGCUUUGGAGGUGUCUAUCCAAGUGGAAAUUUGAAGUAGAGAUCAGAGUUACUGCCAAACAUAAAUGUGUAGGGGUCAUCAGAAUAGAGAUGAUUAGUGAAUUAGAGGUCUUAUUAGUUCUUUAAAAAGUGUUGUGGAAAGGGAGAAACCAUCUUGAAAUGAACUAAUAAGAAGGUCAUCACAACUAAAACUCUUCCCACUCACCAAAGAACUGCAAGUUAACUUCUUUUUUUCAAGUAACAGUUCUUCACUGUUCAUAGAAAUCCCAUUCCCUUCAGUAUAUGAAGAGAUACUAAGAGACCUGGACUAAGUGCCAUUUGGUAUCUGGUUCCAGAAGGAAAAGUCAGACCACUUAGAGUCUUAGUGCUGGGGAGAAUGUAAAAAUCCAAACACAUGAUUUCAUCACUUUGGGCCAACUUUCAUAGUAAUAGAGG